GGUUCAGUAAACUUUGAGAACGAAGUGACGGUCGAUAGUUCUGAGACAGUUCGAGUCGGGACUCGGCGCUGAUCGCGGACAUCGUUUGUUCUCUAUUGGAAACGGAAUAUUGCUCUUUAUACGCGAUUCUCAUUCCGAUUCACGAAAUUCAUGUGCAGUUUGAAUUUCCCCGAGUCACCCCUCCUCGUUUCCGAUGCUGGCAGCUCGACGUAUUUCCUCUUUGCAUAAAGGAGCUUUCUCCGUCUACACCCACAUUUGAGAAUCCGAGGUUUAGCACAGCACUUACGCACUUUACUAUUAGCCUCAACAGAGAGCUCCGAAUAAAGCCGACUACAUUUGUCGCGAAUUUAUUAUUCCUCAGGCGACAAUGGCUCAGCUGAAAGUAGCCAUUAUUGGGCAGAGCAAUUUUGCGGCUGAAGUUUACAAGCUUUUGCGACAAGAUGGUCACAAGAUAACCGGAGUUUUCACGAUUCCGGACAAGGGGAAUCGCGAGGAUCCUCUGGCAAGCACCGCGAAAGCCGACAACACUCCGGUUUUCAAGAUCAAGGCAUGGCGCAGCAAAGGAGUACCUUUGCCCGAGAUAUUGGCACUUUAUAAAGGCAUCGAAGUCGAUCUCAAUGUUCUCCCGUUCUGCAGUCAGUUUAUACCGAUGGAAGUGAUUGAUCAUCCUCGUCAUCGUAGUAUUUGCUACCAUCCAUCGAUACUGCCUCGUCAUCGUGGAGCAAGCGCUAUAAGCUGGACUCUUAUCGAAGGUGACAAGCAAGCGGGGUUCUCGAUAUUCUGGGCCGACGACGGGCUCGACACGGGGCCGAUACUUUUACAAAAGUCAUGUCCCGUCAAGCCGAACGACACACUCGACAGUUUGUACAACAAUUUUCUGUAUCCCGAGGGGAUAAAAGCGAUGGGAGAAGCCGUGAACCUCGUGGCGAAAGGCACAGCUCCGAAAAUAAUUCAACCGAGUGAAGGAGCGACCUACGAUCCGUUGUUAAAUAAAGCGGAAUUGCAACGUCUUGACGUAACGAAGAAUUGCGAGGGAGUGCACAAUUUCAUUCGUGCCUUCGACAGUACACCGGGUGCGUGGACAUUAUUGAACGGCGAACAAGUUCGGCUGUUUGCUUCGAGUAUAUGGGACGAUAAGAAACCGGAAGGUGACGCGGUCGAUGUGGAUGGUAGAUCGGGAGUAAUCCACGAGUCCGGCCUCCUCAUCGAAUGCGCGGAUGGCAAGUUCGUCAAUGUCGAAAGACUUAAGAUCGGUAACCGAAUGAUCGCUGCCUCUAAAUACGGAAAAGCAAACGAGGCUACGUCCAAUAUCGUCUUCACCGAGGACGAAAAAAAAUCCGUCGAAAUUAUCAGAGACAUUUGGAAAAAUAUCAUCAACGUCGAUGUCGAGGACGAUACGGACUUUUUUGCGUGUGGUGCUGGAAGUAUGGACGUUGUCAGGAUGGUUGAAGAAAUCAGAGAGCUGUUGGAUAUAACGAUGCAAAACACGGAUGUUUUUAUGGCCCCGAGUUUUUUGGAAUUCGUCACAUCGGUCAUCGUAACCGGUCGCGGAUCAUCGGCUUCGGGAAGGGAGGCGAAGUACGAAGCUGUUGAGGUACGAACGAACAACAUGGAUCUACGAUUCCCCAAGCAACUUUUCAUCGACGGCGAAUUUGUGAAUGGAGAGGCGGAGCCAAUAGCUUCGAUCGAUCCUCACGACGAACACGUGAUCUGCGAGGUACAGAGCGCCUCUGCGAAUGACGUAGAUCGUGCUGUAAGAGCUGCCAAGAAAGCUUUCGAAGAAGGUGAAUGGAGCAAAAUAAGCGCCAGGGACAGGGGUGCAUUGCUCUUCAAAUUAGCCGAUUUGAUGGAAGAGCAUAAAGAAGAAUUGGCGACGAUCGAAAGUAUCGACUCGGGCGCAGUGUACACAUUGGCGUUAAAAACCCACGUGGGAAUGUCGAUCGAAACGUGGCGGUAUUUCGCUGGCUGGUGCGACAAAAUUCAGGGCUCGACGAUACCGAUAUCACACGCGAGACCGAACCGUAAUUUGACGUUCACGCGAAAGGAGCCAAUCGGAGUUUGCGGUCUCGUAACGCCCUGGAACUAUCCGUUGAUGAUGUUGUCAUGGAAAAUGGCGGCUUGUCUAACAGCCGGAAACACAGUGGUGAUGAAACCUUCCCAAUGUUCGCCACUCACAGCUCUCAAGUUUGCCGAACUUACGCUCAAAGCUGGCAUCCCGAAAGGAGUGAUAAACAUCGUACCAGGGAGUGGCUCAGUUGCCGGUAUGGCAAUCGUUAAUCAUCCUUUGAUAAGAAAACUCGGAUUUACCGGAUCCACUGAAAUCGGCCAAGUUAUCAUGAAGAACUGUGCCGACAGUAAUCUUAAAAAAGUCUCAUUGGAGCUUGGCGGUAAAAGUCCACUCGUUAUCUUCGAGGAUGCUGAUAUUCAACAAGCGGUCAGACUCGGCAUGGGCGGUGUAUUUUUCAACAAGGGCGAAAAUUGCAUUGCUGCUGGUCGCUUGUUCGUAGAGGAGAGUAUUCACGACGAGUUCGUGAGACGAGUCGUGGAAGAAGUAAAAAAAUUGAAAAUCGGUAAUCCACUGGACCGUAAGACCUCGCACGGGCCACAAAACCACAGAAGGCAUAUGGAAAAGUUGUUGGAUUACGUGAGUCGUGGUGUUGAGGAAGGAGCAACAUUGGUUCACGGUGGAAAGCGUUUGGGCACAUCCGGUUGGUAUUUUGAGCCGACGAUAUUUACCGACGUUAAGGACGACAUGUACAUCGCUAAGGAAGAAUCGUUCGGUCCAAUAAUGAUAAUAUCCAAGUUUAAAUCGAGCAAUUUCGAGUCAAUGAUAUCACGUGCGAACAACACAGAAUUUGGUUUAGCUUCUGGAAUCCUCACCAAAGAUAUUAGCAGAGCAAUGAGAUUCGCUGAGAAAAUCGAUGCCGGCACUGUUUUCAUCAACACCUAUAAUAAAACGGACGUCGCAGCACCUUUCGGCGGUUUCAAACAAUCCGGAUUUGGCAAAGACCUCGGACAGGAGGCUCUCAACGAAUAUCUCAAAACGAAAACUGUCACAAUCGAGUACUGAUUCAUCGCGCGAUCUGUUCAUUUAUUUAUCAAAUUUUCUUCUCAUUCGAAUCAUUUUGUAUAUUCAUAGUUUGCAAAUCAUAAUUAUUUUGUACUCACCAAGCACGCUCGCGGGAAACUAGCCGUUUUCAAUAAGUUUAUAUCUCAUCGGUGGUUAAUUGUAACGAAAAAUCUUUGAAAAAGCGUUUCUGUCACAAUUUUCCGAUCUAAACGUCCGUAUCGCGGCUAUCGAAUGAUUUUACGUUUUGUAUGCGCGGCAUAAAAAUGUAUCUCAAUUCGUUGCAAUUCCAAUGGCGUAUCUCCGAAUAUUUAUAUUUUUUUUACGAAAAUGGAUUGAUUGGCCGAUAAGUAUUUUUUUAAACUGCUCUUGGUAUAAUUGAAUAAAUAUUUUCGUAAUAUAACGAAUAAAAGCUGGAGUGAUUUUCAAACUGGUACGUUAUUAUACUGAUUUUCCACGAACAACUCCACCAAGAUUCUCGCAUACGUAAUCGAACAGUGUGUCGAUCUCCAAGAAGAUGUAGCGAAAUGAAAAAACGUCUCCCACGCAUGCCGAGCGUACGUAAACACAUUUGCUGUUACGUAUCUCUGGGCCGAGAGCUCAGAGGGCACUCGUAUGAGAAGAAAAAAAAUUGUGUUUCUUUUUCGCACUACUGUCGAGUUUAUAGAGGAUGAUUCAAAAAGAGUAGUUCGCAGGGGGAGUAAUUUUGAACGGUAUGAAAAUAAGAUGACUCAUUAAUCGGUUUCAA